AUGCUAGCAAUACUAUAAAUGAUUAAUAGUGCAUUUUAUAAUGGCUGUGGUACAGAAAUAAAAUUUUACUAUGAAUAAUUUGUAUAUUACAAUCUAAUAGAUGAUGAUGGCUGCUUCUCUAAUUGUAAGAUUGAGGUUGAUUAUAAGUGUUAAGAAAAAUUAAAGUUACUUUGA